UAAAGGAGAGGAAACACAACAAAGCCAGGAAGCCUGACAAGUGGGAAUUCACUCCUUCUCCUGCCUGCUCACAUCCACAAAGCAGGGAUGCACUGACUCACUGUUGCCUGUGAAAACCUGUUUCCAAGAGUCGCGACACCGCUGCUGCUGCUGCUGCUGCUGGAGAGAACAAAAUAGCACCUCUGUGUGAUGGUGAGACAGCAUUAGACUGUAUGCAUAUUUGAAGUGUGGCGUUGUGUCUCUUGUUGAAUCAGCUGUGCAGCGUUAGGAUGAACGGGAGUCGGUGCAGCGCGGCGGAUUGUCCGGUGGGUUGUGUCUCGUCUGUGGAGGGGCUGCCGCCGCUGCCCAGAGGCCUGAGCGGCAUCCUGAACUCCAGCGGCGGGUCGUGGCGGGACAUCGAGAAGGUGCACAGCAAGAGAGCGCGCAUCCAGGCCGACAUCAGCUGGGGUGGCGGGGACGCGGUGCGCGGUCACGGCAAACCUGGAGGACUGGACGCUGCUCUGGCUCUGCUGCGAAAAGAGAUGGUUGGUCUGCGUCAGCUCGACAUGUCCCUGCUGUGCCAGCUGUGGUCCCUCCACGAGGCCAUCCAGGAGUACAAGGGCUCCUCGCUUCUGUCUUCACUCAGUGCCGAUAAUGGAUCCUCAGAGGAGGAGGAGGAGGAUGAAGAUGAGGAGGAGACAGGCAUUCUGUCACAGUCCCCGCCUUCCUCGUCCUUGUCUCUGCCUCCACCCAGCAGCAACUCCAGGGACCAGUGGAUUAAAGACUCCUUUCAUAUUCCCUGAUGAGGAUACUGUAUAUGCACACACACACACACACACGCUCUAUGCACUAUGUGUGUGCUGUUUUCUCUAAGUUAAUGCCUUCAUAUUUACACAGGUUUUUAUGCCAUGCUUUUUUUGUCCAGAUUGUUUUUCUGGCUGUGGUCCAACCAAAUGACAGAAAAUCAAUUGCUGUGCAAUACAGCUGGUGACUGGCUGUUCAUUAGCUCCUAAUCCUGCACUAAUAUAGUGUCAAAUUUCCCACUGAUUGUGUAUCUGCAGCAAAAAGAAGGGCAAGUAAUAGAGAAAAGAAUCACGACAGACCAGUGAGAUCACAUGUUAUCAGCUUUUUGCUCUUCAUUGCAUACUCCUCAUGCGACUACAUGCUGCUUGCUUGUCACUACAUUUGAGCUGGGUGCAGUCGGUCUGGGAAUUAUCGUACAAUCAGGUCUGAUUCCACUUUUGAUACAUCUAAUGUUAAUGGAUUCCUGAUAAUUCCAGACUUUGCAGGAUCCCGUUCUGUAAAUUCCUGAGACCCCAAAGUCCCAAUGUCCUCAAACGAGUACUUUCUAAUAACAGUGUCUUAGCUUGUUACUGUUGCUUAAAUUGGUCAAAUGUGUUGCCAUGUCAAACAAGUUUCAAUCAUAACAUUUGAUCAGGUUUUGUAUCAUGACCACUUUUGUGUUGGGAUCAGCUGCAGGCUGACUUGGCAGAGAUGGCUGCCAUCUUGUUUUUACAUG